UUAUUUGGCAACAUGUUUUUUUCAGAUGAGACUACGAGUUGUCGACAAAAUGCGUAUUUCAGUGUUUGCGUGGGUUGUAUAAUUAAAAAUUUACUUUCAUUAGUAUAAUUUUAAGUUAUAACACUAUGUAAAAUAUGUAGAUUAAUUCUUGGUUCAUUUCAUGUAUCACAAUGAGAGUUAGGAGUCAGAAAUUUUAAGUAAACAAUGGCAGACAGCGCUAGUGAGAGUGAUAGUAGCUCGGUAGAUGGUGGAAUGUUAAUUCCAUCUUCACCAGCUUCUAGAGAACAAUUUCAAAAAAGGAUCGAAUCUUUACAGCAAGAAAAUAGAGUUUUAAAAAUGGAACUGGAAACUUAUAGAUUAAGAGUUAAGAACCUUCAAGAAGAAAAUAGAGCCCUAAGACAAGCGAGUGUGAAUAUUCAAGCAAAGGCAGAACAAGAAGAGGAGUUUAUCAGUAAUACUUUAUUGAAACAAAUUAAAACUCUAAAGAAAGAAAAAGAGACAUUGGCUCUGAAUUAUGAACAGGAAGAGGAGUGUCUUACUAAUGAUCUAUCUAGAAAACUCAAUCAAUUAAGACAGGAAAAGGUGCAAUUAGAACAGACUUUAGAGCAAGAACAGGAAGCUCUUGUUAAUAAGUUGAUGCGGAAAAUAGAAAAGUUAGAAGCUGAGACUCAUGGAAAGCAAAAUAACUUGGAGCAGCUAAGAAGAGAAAAAGUUGAAUUAGAAAACACUUUAGAACAAGAGCAAGAAGCCCUUGUCAAUAGGUUGUGGAAAAGGAUGGACAAAUUAGAGGCAGAAAAAAGAAUGCUUCAAGAAAAAUUAGAUCAACCUGUAUCUGCUCCUCCCUCUCCAAGAGACAUAAACAAUGGAGAUCUUGCUGCGAACUUAACAAUGCAUGUUCAACACCUAAGAAAUGAAGUUGCAAAGUUGAAAACUCAGCUUCUGAAUGCCCAGCAAGAACAUUCUGAAAAAAUGGCUCAAUUUGCAAUGGAAGAGAGACAUGGUAGAGAAGAAAAUAAGAGACUUCAAAGAAAACUUCAGUUAGAGGUUGAGCGCAGGGAGGCUUUGUGCCGUCACUUAUCUGAGAGUGAGUCUAGUCUUGAAAUGGAUGAAGAAAGGUACUUUAAUGAAAUGACCUACUCAUGGCAUGCUCGACCUAGAGCUGCAUCCAGUCCUGUUUUUCAUAUUCCUUCUCCUAGUUCUUCGCGUCCUCUAAGUCCUGGCAGCAGAGAUGCUUUUAGUCCUUCAACACAUUCAACAAAUAAGUGCCCUCACUGUAACCAGUAUUUAAGUUCAUCUCUGUCUCUCCCAGGAAGUCAAAUAUAUAAUCCUUCUGUAGGUUCUGGUAUCGGGGCUCACUCCUCCGUAGGAAUCAAUCCCAAUUCCAAUCAAGAGCGUGAUUCUAGGGGUGAACGAGAAAUUUGUGAGGCCGAGUGCUCCACCACCAAUCCUUCCAAGCACCCACUUAGCCCAAAAUCUAGUGAAUUCUCCGAACAGAGAAAAGAGCUAAAAAAGGCAAAGUUCCUCUCCAUUGAAGACUUCAUGUUAGACAAGCCUACAGGCAAGGAAGCUAAAGAUGAAUAACGUGCCUCACUAAAAUUGGUUAAGAGUAUUAACCAGAUAACAAUAAUACCAGGAGUUUGUUUCAAUGCUAUUAUGUUCUGACAUAAUUGCUUUAAAAAAAGGGGUUGUGCCUUUUACCAAAUGACUGAUAGAUGUUAAUGAAGUAAACUCAGUUCUGAUUUUUAUAUCCUAUGCAAAUAGGACUUGAUUUUCAUCUCUUUGUGUGUUAUCUUGUCAUGUUUUCAAAUAUCUAUACCAGUGAGCUUAGUGUAAAAAUUUGUUAUUUAUGCAUCUAUAUUUUAUUAGUCUGUGUGAGGAAAGAGAAAUAUAUGAGCAAAUAUCAGAUAUAAUGUGAUUGAUGAAUAAGCAAAGUGUUUAUACAUUUACUUUCCCUUUUAUAACUUGUAUAUUCAUAUCUUAAAGAAUGUAUAACCCCAAGUUCAGAGGUAUAAUUUUAAAAUGGGAUAGUCAAAAUGGUUUUAUUUUGAGACUUAAGUCACAGGUGUGUAUGUGAGUGUUGUAUUUGAAAUAUAAGUUUAAAUAGGAUCAUUUUGAGUCCAACUUUUAAAAUAGAAAUGAUAUUGAUAUGCAAAAAUAAUUAAAGAUUGCUAUUUAAAUUGAAGUUUCUUAAAAUAUUAUUAGUUAAUUUGAGAGCAUGUCCAGUAUUAAGAGAUUUUAUUGGUACUGUUUGCAGGUAUACCAUCAAACAUCUUUGUGUACAUCAUUUUCUUUACCAAAUUUCUUAGAUCGAAGCUAUGUAAAUUGAUUUUUUUUUUCAUCGAGACAAAGCAUGCACAAAUGUGAAUAUGACCAAAAAUGUAACUCUUCAUUUUCAUAUGUUAAUAAAUGAAACUCUAUAUUCUACUUAGGUGUUUUUAGCUGCGUAAAACAAAAACUUGUUAAGCAAUUUAAUUUUUUUCUUACUCAGUAUUUGCACUCAAAAAUAUUUAUUCAAAAAUUUU